CUUUUAUGUUGAAGCUACGGAUGAGUUUGGAAAUACUAUAAGAAUUGUUCAUACGUGGGUAGUUGACAACACGCCACCAGUUUUAGCUUGGAGAAAGAAGGUCAAAGAUGUGACAGGCAAACGUGUGCGAUUCAGGUGGAAAUCUAACGAGAUCGCGGACUUUUACUGCGCCCACGAGAAGAUUGAAGAUAUGGAGAAAUGCGGCAAUUUGAGUUUGAGAGGAAACUGGCUGGAGACGAAUUUACCUGAAGGAAAACAUCGUUUCUGGGUUUUAGGAGAAGAUGAAGUCGGUAAUCGUGGUAAACCAUUGCACCAUGAAUGGAUUGUAGAUACCAAGGGUCCGACUCUGUUCUUCAACCAACCGGUUCCGAAGAAAAGUGGUAGAAGUGUAAGGUUCUCGUGGCGAAGCAACGAACGAGCCAAGUUUAACUGUUCUUUGGACAGUCUCAAUAAUUUCUUCCCUUGCGGACAGGGAUUCGAGUCCCAGUUGAGGUCUGAUAAUUUGAGGAGAAAUGGCCCGCAUGUCUUGUACGUUAGGGGAACUGAUGAGUAUGGUAAUGUUGGUGAUACCAUCGCAGCCAGAUGGAUUGUAGACUUGGUCGCCCCACUCCUUGUUGAUGUCGGACCGCUGCCUCGUCUCACGAAUAGAAACCCGAUCAUCACGUGGACAGUGAACGAGGAAGCUGUGUUCGAGUGCGCGUUGGAUGAUUUCAAUAACUACAAGUGGUGUGGAAACGGGACCGAAGGAAAAUUGGUGCUCAAAGAUGUGCCCGAAGGCCCCCACAGGGUGAAGGUUAGGGCCAAAGAUCCCCAAGGAAACUCCAAUCCACUUAUUGAUCAUCAGUUUACCGUCGGCAUACCGGACAAUCGUGGACGGGAGUUCAUGCUUGGAUUUAUGCAACAAUAUCUUAAUAAGAAGGCUGGUUCGGUGAGUUUGUUUAUUACAUCCGAUAAUAACACCGUUGCGACCAUACACGCUCCUGGAAUAAGCUACAGGGAAGAGAUACCACUGCAACCCGACGAAUUGGUGAGGGUCGAUCUGCCUAUCAGAGUGCGCAUGACAGGUACGAGGAAGGAAAAGAAGGGAAUCCUGGUGACGGCAGAGAACGAGAUGGUUGUUUAUGGAUUGAACAUCAUGCCCCACAGCACGGACGCUUACCUCGCUUUGCCGACGGAUAUCCAAGGAACUGAGUACUUCGCGAUAUCCUAUACCGUCAGCCAACAUUCGCUCAUUGGCAUCGUGGGUAUCUAUGACAACACCAUCGUGUACAUCACCGUACGAAUGACCAGGGACGUUCCUUUGGUCUAUCAAGGUGCCGUGUACCGAAAUGGCGAUACAAUGAUCAUUGAAAUGAACCGACUGGAGACCUUCCAACUCAGUCACACCGAAGACCUCACGGGUACCCGCAUCGCCUCCACUCAAGUUGUAUCUGUGUACAGCGGUAACGAAUGUGCCAAUGUACCCAAAGAACACGGCUAUUGCGACCAUUUGGUAGAGAUGUUGACGCCCACGAGCACCUGGGGACGAAGGUUUGUCACCGCUCCGCUGUUCAGCCGAAAGGCAGGCGACUUCUUCCGAAUCGUAGCGUCACAAGACGACACCUUGGUCAGGUUCCAUCCCAACGACCAGGAACUUCUCCAGGCGGGCGGAUUCAUGGAACGCGACAUCCCCUCAGAUGAGUACAAGUUCAUUACGGCAACCAAACCUUGCAUGUUGUUCCAGUAUAGCAAAGGCGCUGACUCAGAUGCUACCGACACCGAUCCCUUCAUGAUCAUGAUACCCCCUAUAGAACAAUACGGAUCCCGCUAUACCCUAUCAACCCCCGACCGACCACGACAACAGUACUUCCAAAGUUACAUCAACGUUAUUGUGCUCACCGAACAUUACCGGGGGGUGCUGGUCGAUGGAAAGCCCGCGCACCGAACCAACUCCUUCAAGCGUAUCACCGGUACCCCGUAUUCGGCUUCGGCUGUCAGCGUGACAAAAGGUGUACACAGGGUCGAUCAUACUUCACCCAUCGUCACCUUCGGUGCCUUUAUGUACGGAUACGCGUGGAGAGAUUCCUACGGUUAUCCCGGGGGGUUGCGGCUCGCCGAUAUCACAGGGGAGUGUGUGGGCGUGGAUACGCCGGCAGAUGGUAUGGAUAACGAUUGUGAUCGAAGGAUAGAUGAGGAAUUGAAGAAUGGGGUUGACGAUGAUGGUGAUGGAAGAAUCGAUGAAGAUUUGGCGACAUUCCCACCGACGAUUGAACUCGAUGAACCUUACUAUGAAUACGAGAGUUGUGCGUUUGAGGUUGAUGCCCUUGUUCCGCGACCAACGGUCAUAAAAUCGGCCGAAUGUGAUUAUAAGGGAGCCUUGCGUUUAACUUUCCGCGACAGCGUCCAUGAGGAAAACUGUGUUCAGCUGAUCAACCGAACAUGGCAGGCUUCUGAUGGUUGUGGCAAUGUCGUGUAUUUGACCCAGAUUAUCAAGAUCACCAGACCCAAGCUGCUCGUUCACUUCCCGAUCCACGUUCCGAACGGCUGCGUCCGACCAAUCAGCCUUCGGGUGACGGGCAAGCCCGAGGUGGAAAGCCCCUGCAGCCAGGAACGGGUGAGGGUCGCGUACAGGGAUAACAUUUCGAAGAAGGAUUGUCAGGAAAAAGGAAUGCUGCUCGAACGGCAUUUCACUGUCACUGAAGUUUGUGGAAGAGAGUACAAGGGUGUGCAGAGAAUAUACCCCGGCGCAAGAACUUAGAUCAACCCUGAGACAAGCACGAAAUUGAAAAAAUCAAGCAAUAUUGUAUAGUGAAAUAACGGAACACCUAUAAGGUUAGAAAUAUAUUUGCCGCAAUUAAACAAUGAUGUCAACCUUGGUCAAGCAGCGAGAUAUGUAAUCAAAAUUUCUCUUGGCCAAAAUAUAUUGAUAUUAAUGGACGACUGUAAAUGCCAAAAAUAGCUUAGAGCGUUUUAAAUCUUGAAUGAUAUAGUUUUGAAAGUUUUAUAUAUAAAUUUUAGUAAUUUUGUGAAACCUACAGUUGUUUACGUCGAAUGAUAUGUAAGAAAUAUACGAAUUAAAAU